AUGCUGCCCGAGACCGUCGAGCUCCGCGACUUCCAGUUCUAUGGCUUCGCCUGCAAGGGCCUCUUUGCGACCGCGGACCUCCCGACCAACACGCCGGUGUGGACCUGGGACAAGGCCACCGAGCCGCUCGAGACGUGGACGCGCCACGAGAUCAUGGCGCACGCCGACCGACAGAAGCUCAUCAACUUCUCGUACAUGGUCGGCGACGACGCGUUCGCGACGACGCUCGAGCCCGAGCGUGACCCGACGUGGUAUUUCAACCACGCGUGCGAUCCCAACUGCUGGUUUGAAGGCGACGGCCAAAUCGUGACGCGGCGACCCGUGAAGAAGGGCGAGCAGCUCUGCUACGACUAUGCGUGCACGGAAACCGAGUCGUCGCUUCAUGCGGGCAUGAUGUGCCAGUGCGGCAGCGACAAGUGCAGAGGCAAGCUCAAGUUUGACGAUUGGCGGAGCCGGGCGUUUAUCAAGGCCAACUACGGCCACGUGACCGAUUUCAUCAUGAAGAAGCACGCAGAAAACAGUUGGUACGACUCGCGCAUGGAGCUCCGCCACAAGAGCAAAUCGUCGCUUGGGCUCUUCUGCCGCGAAGACGCCGAUUGCAAGAUCCACGCCGGCGAGAUCGUCCUCGUCUUCUCUGGCAAGGUCAUUCACAAGGACCAGUUCCUCGAGCCGGGCGCGAUGACGGCGCGGGACUUUGAGAUGUCGCUCCAAGUGCACAAGGAUUUGUGGCAGAUCCCGGCGUGGAAGGAAACCGGCGACAAGAUCGAGACGAGCGACUACAUCAACCACUCGUGCGACCCGACGUGCGGCAUGCAGGACUCGGUCACGGUCAUCGCCAUCCGCGACGUGCACCCGGGCGAUGAGAUCACGAUCGACUACUGCAUGGUCAACGAUGGGUGCAACGACGAGCCUAGCGACAACUUUAUGUGCAAUUGCGGCAGCGCCAACUGCCGCGGCGAGAUCACGACGCUCGACUGGCAGCUGCCCGAAUUGCAGAGCCGCCUCGGCCCGUACUUCGCGCCGUUCGUCAAGCACCUCAUCGAGAACCCGCCGUUCGAACUCAUCGAAGUCAAGGUCUACCGCGUGCUAUGGCACGUCUGCCGCCCGUUCGUCGAGUGGCUCGUGGCGUCCAAGGACCUGCGCCGCCACGUCCCGCCAGCUGCGACCAGAGAGCGCUUCGGCGAGGCGACCGCAGACGUGUUUCCGUCAAGCAAAUCCGGGCUUGUUUGGAUCCACGGGGCAUCCGUCGGUGAGUGCUUGAGCGCCCUUCCGCUCAUUCAAGCGCUGACGCACAUGCCGGGCGCUCGGGUGGCGCCGGGGACGCUGCGCCUCGACGUUCUCUUGACGACGACGACGCCUAGCGCCCGCGCACUGCUCCAGGAGCGGCUUCGCGCGAACCCGCAUGCGCAUUGCAUCUUUGCGCCGCUCGACCACGCGCCGUAUGUCCAAGCCUUUCUCUCGACGUGGCAGCCGACCGCGGCGAUUUGGGUCGAGUCGGAGCUGUGGCCCAACAUGAUUGUUGAAGCAGCCAAGCGCAAGAUGCCCAUGGGCUUGAUCAACGGCCGCAUGUCAGCCAAGUCGUUUGGCCGAUGGAACUCGUGGCUCGGGCGGCGGCUGGCGCAGCACCUGCUCGGCCCGUUUGCUUUGCUCACGCUGUGCCAGAGCCCCGAGGACCUCUAUCGGUUCCAAACCCUCGGCGCGACGUCGGCCAAGUACGUGGGCGACCUCAAAUUCCGUACGACCUCGUACAAUAAGAUUGCUCCCGUCGCUGGACCGUCACUCGUAGUCUCGGCCAAGCAAGACGUCGACGCGGUGUGGCUCGCGCGUCUCGGCCACGCCGUGCAAGGCCGGUGCGUCUGGGUCGCCGUGAGCACACACGAAGGCGAGGAAGCCAUCUGUGUGCAUGCCCACAUGGAGAUUCGGCGGGCGCAUCCCAACGCGCUGCUCGUGCUCAUUCCCCGGCACCCGCACCGCUGCGACGGUAUUCAAAACACCAUCCACACGACCACUUCGCUGCGAACCCAGCGGCGCUCCAGCGACAGCACGCCCGGGCCCGAGACGGACAUCUUCCUUGUCGACGUCAUCGGCGAGACGCAGCUGUACUUCGACGUGUCGCCCGUCACCUUUGUCGGGGGGUCGCUUGUCGACGUUGGCGGCCACAACGUGCUCGAGCCAUUGCGUUCGGGGUGCGCGGUGGUGCACGGCCCAUACAUGGCCAACUGCACGUCGGUGCUGGCGACGCUGGCGACGAUUGGAGCGCCAGUACGCGCCGUCAACGCAGAGUCCUUGGCAUCGACGGUGACGCGGCUGCUGUCGACGCCGGAGGCUGCGGCAAGUACCGAUGCAACGAUGCCCGUUCAAGACGCACUCUGGGCCGAGCUCGACCCGUUUCUUCAACGCAUUUCACACAGCGCGCGUUCGUUGUAGUUGUUUCGUUAGUAGACAGUAGUAUUAUAAUGCACAAAAGGGGGCAAAACCGCG